AUGGACCCAAGCAUUCCGGCUCUGGAGCUGUCGGGGGUCUUGAUCUGUGGGGGGGCCUGGCUCUGCUCGCUGGCCACCACCCUGAUGUCCACCUGGCUGACCCUCUCCACCGACCUGCUGCCCACGGAGAGCUACGAGCUGGGCCUGUGGGAGUCCUGCGUGGUGCAAGACCACGGGGCUCUGGAGUGCCGGCCCUACGACAGCCUGCUGGGUCUGCCGCCGGACAUCAAGCUGGCCCGGAUCCUCAUGUGCGUGACGCUGGCGGCCGGGCUGCUGGGCCUCCUGCUGGCCAUCCCCGGCAUGCACCUGGUCAACAGCUGCUACGACCCCCUGGAGGACCACCGGCGCAAGAGGGCGUUGAAGAUGGCGGCGGCGGUGCUGUGCCUGGUGUCGGGGGUCCUGGGGCUCAUCCCGGUCUCGUACAUCGCCCACCUCACGGUAUUACGGUUCUUUGACGAGUCCCUGCCGGAGGUGGUGCCGCGCUGGGAGUUCGGGGACGCUCUGUUCUGCGGCUGGACGGCGGGAGUUCUUCACCUGGUGGCGGGAACGCUGCUGCUGACUUCCUGUUUGUUUCUGCAGAUGGAAAACUGCAACGCACCUGCACCCAUCCCUGUGGUGAGGGUGAUGCCGGGACAGCCCCCCAUCAGGACCAGGUCUGAGUACGUCUAA